AUGACUUUCGCCGCCCCACUGGAGAAGAAGCAAAACGGAGUCGAAGUCAUCAACAACUGCUACCAAUCGGGUCAGAUUGCACUGACCUUUGAUGAUGGGCCAUGGAAUUAUGAACAAGAUAUCGCCAAUGCCUUGAAUGGCGGCAAGGGGACGUUCUUCCUGAAUGGAAACAACUAUGAGUGUAUCUAUGACAAGGUGGAUCAGAUCCGAUCUCUACAUGCACAAGGCCACACGAUUGGGUCGCAUACCUGGUCUCAUGCAGACAUCACCACUCUGGACGAAGCUGGUAUCAACGAUGAACUCGAACGACUGGAGACUGCAUUCAUCAGAAUUCUAGGACUCAAGCCUUUGUACUUUCGCCCACCUUACGGCAACAUCAACGAUCUCGCGUUGAAAGUCCUAGGAGACAGAGGGUACAAGAAGGUCUUCCUCUGGUCAGACGAUACUGGCGAUGCAAGCGGAGAAUCUGUAGAUUACUCCAAAGGGGUAUACGACAACAUAAUCAAUAAUGUACCUAGCCCUCGGUUGGUCCUGGAUCAUUCGACGAUCCCAACGACCGCUUUCGAGGUCCUCCCUUACGCUGUACCUCGACUUCAAGGGGCAGGGUAUCAGCUCGUAGCUGUCGAUACCUGCCUCGGGUCAUCUGGCGAAUGGCCAUAUGAAUGGGUCGGUGAACCUGGAACGCCCGAUGGCUCGUGGUAUUGCUAG